CUUUUGGUGAGAUCGACAAGAUAUUAUUACUUGACACACAUAUAAAUGCGUGUGAAAGAUAUCACUUAAAAGAGAAAAAAGAUAUGAGAAGGAUUCAAAGCCAUAAGCUCCCAUGCUUACAUUGUCAACCUCAAGGCUUCAUUAAAAUCGUACAUCAUUUAAUAGAAAGAUGUAUACUCUUUCGUAUGGGUCGAGAUGAUUGCAUGAGGACACUCGCUAAGCAUGCAAACAUCCAUCCAACUGUCACGUUUACAGUAUGGGAAGAGCUACUAAAAGAGAAUAAGAUAUUCUUUCAAGCUUACUCACGUUCUAUUUUACCAAGCAAUAUCGUGCUCAAUGGACAACCACAAGAGACCAAUGAUAUCGAUUGUUAUGGAAGAACACAAACAUUGUUGAGGAGAUGAUUAGUUAAUAGCUUGUCAUAAAUGAUUUUGUAACAAUUUGUCAUGAAAUUUGUAGCAAUUUAUUUUAUAGGAC